CGCAUUCCCGAGCCCGACGGCGCCCGCUCGCUCCGCGUCCGCCCGGCCGGCCGGCCGGCCCCCGCCGCGAGGGCACAGCUGUUCUCAUUAGGGAAGAAUAAGCUUGAAUCCUGUUUUCUCGAUCUGAGCAUCUAGAUCUGAAAAAGGACACCAGCGGAGGUUAUCUGAGAUGUGUUUCAGCAGAUGCCUUAGGGCCCCGUGGGCCGCCCCAGAGGACUCAGUCCCGGUGGCCAGCGGCUCCCAAGCAGCUCGCGUGCGCUCGGCCUCAGGCUCCCGCUGACGCAUCUGGGAACCUCGUUCACCAGCCCCCGCCCGGCAUCCUUGCUGGCAGUGCCCCCCACGCCCCCGAGCCAUGGAGGCCCCCGAGGUCCCCGUGGGCCCGCUGAUUGACUUCGGGGCUGGGGCCAAGCCAUCUGCCUCCUCGCCCCUGGAGGUGCUGCCUCCAAAGCUGCAGGGCGGGGACAGCUCCCCGGGCGAGGGCGCGUCAGAGAGCGAGACCACGGAGUCGGCAGACAGCGAGAACGACACGGGCGAUUCGCCCUCGCGCCCGUCCUGGGGCCAGUACCGCCGCUCCUCCUCCAGCGAGUCCUUCUCCUCCAACCAGAGCACCGACUCGGCCAAGGAUGAGGAGCUGCCGGAACUCCGGGAGUUCCUGCGCAGCUACGUGGAGAAGAUCUUCUCCGGAGGGGAGGACUUGGGCCAGGAGGAGAAAGCCAAGUUCGGAGAGUACUGCAGCAGUGAGAACGGCAAAGGCCGGGAGUGGUUUGCCCGGUACGUGAGCGCCCAGCGCUGCAACUCCAAGUGCGUCUCGGAGGCCACCUUCUACCGCCUGGUGCAGUCCUUUGCGGUGGUCCUAUUUGAGUGUCACCAGAUGGACGACUUCGGGCCUGCAAAGAACCUCAUGACCAUGUGCUUCACCUACUAUCACAUCGGUAAACCACACCUGCUCCCCUCCGAGUUCAAGGAGAAGCCGGCCGGGAGCAUCGACUCCUACUUGAAAUCGGCCAAUAGCUGGUUAGCGGAGAAGAAGGACAUCGCCGAGCGGCUGCUGAAGAACACGUCGGCCAAGACGGAGAACGUCAAGGGCUUCUUCGGGCUGGAGGCCAAGCCCAAGGGGCCCCUGGCCGGGAGAAGCGGGGAGAAAGAGGGCAAGCCCCAGGAGAAGCCGCGGAAGACGGUGACUGUGUGCAGCCCAGAGGAGGAGAGGAAGGGGGAGAAGAUCUACCUGUACACACACCUGAAGCAGCAGCCCAUCUGGCACACGCUGAGGUUCUGGAACGCGGCCUUUUUCGACGCUGUCCACUGUGAGAGGAGAAAGCGGUCUCCCACCACCAGGGAGAGGUGGUGCCACAUGACCCAGGAGGAGCGGGACGACAGCCUGCGGUUCAACGAGAACAUCACCUUCGGGCAGCUGGGCACAUUCACGCACAACAUGCUGGCGUUCGGGCUGAACAAGAAGCUGUGCAACGACUUUCUGAAGAAGCAGGCGGUGAUCGGCAACCUGGACGAGGAGCAGUACAAGCUGCUGAGUGACCACGUCGAGCAGAUGGCCACCGAGUAGGCCUCGGGAGGUGGCCCGAGGCUCCCCCACGAGGACCGUGGUGCGCGCCUCCCUCCCGGGCCCACGGCUGGCUGUCACCCCCCCCCCGCCCCCCGCCCCCGCAUGACAUUGGCAGCACCAGAGCCGCCCCACACCGCCCUGGAACUAGCGGUUAGAAGAAUCUGGUUGCCUGUUUUCCCUGCCUCCCCUCUGCCUGUGUCUGCUCCCCCCUCUGCGUGCCAAAGUGUCCCUGGGAUUACACAGCUAACACCGA